GUCGCUGGGUUUAGAACCAGGAGGACACCUUCAAUGCCUUCGACACCGCAACAGGUCGACCUUCAUGAUGCAGAAGAUGAAGAAUUCAACACGCGUUGCCUUUCCUCUUACUACAGCAUCUUUGUGGCACGCCUUGCAAUCAUGGUCAUGUUGGCUAUCAUAAUAGCAAUGUUAACCGUUCUGACUUGGCACUUCACAAAGCAAUAUACAACAAAAUCUCUAAAUAGUUUAGCCUACGGCCUUCGUUAUGAGCUCCUCCAGAGACCAAUAUUAAGAAUGUGGAAUAUUCUAAAUUCCACAGUGGAAAUAACUAUUGCACAAGUCAAGCUUUCUGAAUAUGUGAUAGGCCGUCAUGGAAACUCAAUCUCCCAAUGGCAGCAAGGCGAGCUAUAUCAGGAGAUGAGGCAGAUAACAUGGGCUCUUUUUGCAAGCAGAAAAACUCUAAAUUCUAUCACAGUAAGUUACAAAAGUGGCUUUUCCCAGGCAUUUCAGCGAGAUCGCAAGAAUAACAACACAUUCUACAUAUAUUCUGCAUCAGUAAGUUACUCGGUUAACCACACCAAAGAAAGGGAAGUCAUGGAGGAUUUUUCUACAGCUCAAAAUGUUAAUAGCUCAGAGAUAUGGUACAGGGUUCCACUAGACCCUAUCACAGGAGAAAGGAUCGGUAAUCCUCAACAAAUAUCUUCAGAUAAACUCAUAAGUAUAGCAGGACAACAACAAAUCCAUGAUGGUACAGCUUCUUGGCGUGUUGCAGUGAGUAAAUCCACUGAAUCACCACUGCUUUCAGCAGCAUUACCAGUAAAACAUCCUUCUAAAGGAAGCAUAGAAGCAGUUGUUGGAGUUACCACAGCACUAAAAAGCGUGAGCCAGCUGAUGAAAGAACUUGUAGAUAUCCAUAGUGGCUACAUGUAUCUGACUACUAGGGAAGGCCACGUCCUUGCUACAUCGACAGACGCACCACUCCUAAAGAAUACAUCAAAUGGUCUAAAGCUCAUGAUGGCUAAUGAUUCAGACGAUCAAAUUAUAAGGUCUGGAGCUAAGUGGUUGCAAAACACAUAUGGAGAUAAAUUUCCCAUGAACAAUGAAGUUCAUGCUACAAAUGUUGAUCUGCGUAAUCAGACAUACUACAUAGACUCCUUUUUCCUAAACUUAAAGAGGCUUCCAUUGGUAGGUGUCAUAAUCAUUCCAAGAAAAUACAUAAUGGGAAAGGUUGAUCAUAUAGGCUUUACAACGAUGGUGAUAUCAAUAUGUGCAGCCAUAUGUACUCUUGCUAUAGGAUGUGUUUGCAUUAUGAUAUUGACAAGUGGUGUCUCAAAAGCAAUGAAGCUAAAAGCUGCACUUAUAAGUCAACUAGAUGCAAGAAGACGAGCGGAGGCAUCAAGCAACUACAAAAGUCAAUUUUUAGCAAACAUGAGCCAUGAACUGCGAACACCUAUGGCUGCAAUCAUAGGGCUGUUAGACAUUCUCAUGGAUGAAGACUGCCUCACCAAUGAGCAACUAGCAACAGUCACACAGAUUCGAAAGUGCUCAACUGCUUUACUACGGCUCCUCAACAACAUCCUGGAUCUCAGUAAAGUUGAAUCUGGAAAACUAAUCCUUGAGGAAGCUGAAUUUGACUUGGGAAGAGAACUCGAAGGAAUUGUUGACAUCUUCUCUGUGAAAUGUGCGAACCAAAAAGUGGACAUCAUACUAGAUCUAUCUGAUGAUCUCCCAAAUAUUGUUAAAGGAGAUUCAGCCAGAGUAGUUCAAAUCUUUACAAAUCUAAUUAGCAACUCAAGCAAGUUCACAUCUGAGGGCCAUAUAAUCCUGCGGGGAUGGUGUACAACUGCAAAAAACUCCAGCAGUCCUGAGUGGCCUAUGGGUCAAAAGAUGCCAGCACAUGCACAUAUCAAAAAGACAAAACAAAAUGUAAUUGAUUUGAAAACAGACUCUGAGAAGAAGAAUGCAAUUGCUAUUUGGUUUGAAGUUGAAGAUACAGGAUGCGGAAUAGAUCCCAACAAAUGGGAAACUGUAUUCGAAAGCUUUGAGCAAGGUGACCCAUCAACCACACGCACGCAUGGAGGAACUGGCCUUGGCUUAUGCAUUGUGCGGAACUUGGUUAACAAGAUGGGCGGAAAAAUAGAAGUUGUGAAGAAAGAUAGUCCUGGGACUUUAAUACAACUGUACUUAGUACUUGGAAUCUCAGAUGGCGACAGAGGAAAGAACAUAAAGCCAGAGUUCAGCAAGCACAGGUUCACGGUACUACUUGCACUAAAAAGCAACAAAGCGAGACAUAUCAUGUCAAAAUGGCUAAGGGAUAAUGGAAUUUUCACGUGGGAAGCAUCUGAGUGGAAUAUGCUGGCACAAAAGAUUCAGCAAGUUAGUCAUAGUGAAACGAGCGCUAGAAAUUGCUUUGAAGAAUGCUCAGCAAGAACAGCAACAAUAUCAAGAAAAGGAAAGGAUGUUUCUAAACAUACCAGAAUUCAUAAUCAGACAAGUUCAAAUAUUGUCAUUGUGAUUGAAACAAGCAUAUUAGACCAAAGUACCAACAUAUGGAUUGACCAACUGAAUUUCCUAGAACAAUAUCAUGGAAUUGUAAAAUUUGCAUGGAUUUUAAGUCAUGAUACUUCUAACACCAUAAAAGUAGAGCUGCGACAGAGAGGACAUCAUUUAAUGGUCAACAAACCACUAUACAAGACUAAGAUGAUAAACAUUUUGCAAAAUGCCACGACUGAGGCAAGUUUUGAAAACCAAACCAUUGAUGUGGAGAAUGUGAGUCAGGAAGAGAGUAUGCAUGAGUGCCACGAAAUAGAUUCAAUUAAGUUUGAAAUGAUCAGCUCAGACGAAUCCAGCAAUUCAGACACAGAAAUGUUGGGCAUUGGACAAAACGAAUUUCCUGCAGAAACCAAAAAUAAUGUAGCAGUGAACCAUCAAUAUUGUGAGUUAUCAAACAGCGUGCAGGAACAAGAAUGCCCAAAAAUUUUACAAACAGAUCUUGUGGAUGCUUGUACUCCAAAUAAAAAUCACAAAGACUUGGAAAGAAAUUACGAAGUAAAAGCUGGUCAACAAAACGUGGCUAAGUUAUUGACAUAUUACUUCCAUGAUGCAGAAGUCUUUUCCGUGGGCAGACCAACAAUAGAUCUAUAUAAAGAUGUCAUUGUGGACAAAGAUCAGCUAAUCUCCGGAAAAGAUGAUGUCAGAAAGGAGAAAUAUCAAAGUCAAACAAUGUCAAAUAUGCAUGAUGCCAUAAACAUGAAAAAAAAAACCUAUGAGAAAGAAACUAUAUCAACAGCAAUUACACUUUACAAUCAGAAAAAAGAAUACUGCAAUCAAGGGAAGCAAGAACUAGACUCCAUAGGUUCAAGAACCAACAUGAAUCAAGAUAUAAAAUUUAGUAGUAGGAAAGCAGAAAACAUGGUUCAGAAUAAGAUGGUUCCAGAGCAAAAUUCUCUUGAAGGUCUCUGCAUAUUGCUUGCUGAAGAUAACCAGAUACUGCAGCUUGUUGCAACAAAAAUGUUGGAAAAGGUGGGAGCCCAAGUUGUAGUUGUACAUGACGGAAUGCAAGCCGUUAAUGCUGUAAGACCAAUCUUCUGUACAGAAGAGUGUAAAAGAAGUUUUAAUAGCUCCACUCAGGGUGAUGGCGAAAAAAUAGCAAUGAAACCAACAAAGGAUGAUCCACCAUUUGAUCUGAUUUUGAUGGAUUGCCAGAUGCCUAAUCUGGAUGGCUAUGAGGCAACAAAAGCGAUUAGAAAACUGGAGGCUGGAACAGGCUCUCAUAUUCCAAUUGUUGCAGUGACGGCUCAUGCAAUGUCAUCUGAUGAAGCCAAAUGUUUGGAGGUAGGGAUGGAUGCAUAUCUAGCAAAACCAAUCGACAGCAAAUUGAUGAUAUCUAUCAUUAUUUCUCUUACCAAGAGAAACAGUUAGCCCUUUAAAUCAAGAAAAAUGGAAGCCCAAUUAUUUAGAGAUGUUAAGAAGACAAUUUUUCAGCCUACGCUAACAUAAGAAAAAUCAAUUCUAUGGAUAUUAUGAUUACUUAUUGAUGCAGCGGCAAAACACGAAGAAGACACUGAAAAGGAAAAUGCAAUGGAACAGUGGAGUUCCCUGCAGGUAACUUGUAUUACUUAGCUGAAAAAUUAACAAGGUGUCCAUCUUCUCUCUUCUACCAAGCUUUAACGAAAAGAUUAAACUAACGAAACUAAAAAUAGAGGGACAGCUGGAAAGUAAAUACUAGUCCUAUGCAUAACAGAAAGGGAAAUCCUCAGGGAAUAACA